UGAGCGAUGUGAUUGGUCAGUUAACAAAUGACGCAUGUUGGUGUCAGGGAGGGCGGGGCGGAGGAGCGGAGAGCAGCAGUGUAGGAAAAGAGGAGGAAGCAGCGAGGAUGGCGGAGUCACACCUCUGAAGCAAACUGUUAAGGGAUUACAAAACCUUGAUGACCCUUUGAGCCAUAAGGAAUUCCACAAGUUUUACCUAAAAGUCCUGGGAUUGCAUGCAGCUCCAACGCUUAAGCAUGUGGCCCAUGAAUGCCACAGUUCAGCUUCUUCAAAGGAUUUUUUACUCUGAAAGAAACAUUUGAAAAGUGGUCACUCUCUCAAAGACUGGUAAAUGUGUGGGCCUGCACAGGGAUGCUUUAUUUAAAAGCCUCCUCAACUGUCCGUGUCCUUUUUUUCCCUGAAUAAGUAACCUGACGAAAAAAAGUCCCAUGAGCAACUUUGCAGGACGCCCGAUAACGUCGACAUGAGUAGUACUUUAGGCAAAGAAAAAGAUUCAAAAGAAAAGGACCUUAAAAGUGGUUUGGGAGGCAAAGAAAGGGACAAGGAGGCCAAGGCUCUGGCAGGCCUGGGAAAGGAUGGGGGCAAAGAAACUAAGACCAAAGGGAAAGAAGCCAAAGAAGGUAAGAAGGACACCAGCAGCUCUGCACCGGGUGUUGCCUUCUCCGUUGACAAUACGAUAAAGCGGCCAAACCCAGCACCAGGUACACGCAAAAAGUCCAGCAAUGCUGAGGUGAUUAAGGAGCUUAACAAGUGCCGGGAGGAAAAUUCCAUGCGUUUGGAUCUAUCUAAACGCUCUAUUCACAUGUUGCCCACCUCCAUUAAGGAGCUGACGCAGCUGGCAGAACUGUACCUAUACAGCAACAAAUUGCAGAGCCUACCGCCGGAAGUGGGCUGCCUCUCAGGCCUGGUCACUUUAGCCCUGAGUGAGAACUCUUUAACCAGCCUGCCCGACUCACUGGACUCUCUUAAGAAGCUUCAAAUGCUCGAUCUUCGGCACAACAAGCUGAGAGAGAUUCCGCCAGUAGUCUACCGGCUGAAGUCCCUGAAGACACUCUACCUACGCUUCAACCGCAUCACGACGGUGGAGAAGGACAUUCGAAACCUUUCCAAGCUCACAACACUCAGCAUCCGGAACAAGUUCAAGCAGCUUCCCGCGGAGAUCGGAGAACUUUGCAACCUCAGUACUCUGGAUGUCGCCCAUAAUCAGUUGGAGCACUUACCGAAGGAGAUUGGGAAUUGCACACAGAUAACCAACCUAGAUUUGCAGCACAAUGAGCUCUUAGACCUCCCAGAGACUAUAGGAAACUUUGCCAGCAUAAACCGCUUGGGUCUGCGAUACAAUAGAUUGUCAGCCAUCCCCAGAUCGCUAGCUAAAUGUCGAGAAUUGGAAGAGCUAAAUCUUGAAAACAACAACAUUUCAGUGUUACCAGAGGGCCUCCUCUCAAGUUUGGUCAAACUGACUAGCCUGACACUAGCAAGGAACUGCUUCCAGUCAUAUCCUGUGGGUGGACCAUCCCAGUUCUCUACCAUCUACUCGCUCAACAUGGAGCACAACCGUAUCAAUAAGAUCCCAUUCGGAAUUUUCUCCAGGGCCAAAGUUUUAAGCAAGCUUAACAUGAAGGACAACCAGUUAACUUCUCUGCCAUUGGACUUCGGAACAUGGAUCAGCAUGGUGGAGCUUAACCUAGCCACCAAUCAGCUGACUAAGAUCCCAGAGGAUGUCUGUGGCCUGGUGUCUCUGGAGGUGUUAAUAUUGUCAAAUAACCUUCUGAAGAAGUUACCACACGGUAUUGGCAAUUUGAGAAAGCUCCGAGAGCUUGACUUGGAGGAAAACAAGUUGGAAUCGCUCCCCAAUGAAAUUGCUUAUCUCAAAGAUUUACAGAAAUUGGUGUUGACAAAUAACCAGCUGACGACGUUACCCAGAGGAAUUGGCCACCUCACCAACCUGACUCAUCUUGGUUUGGGGGAGAAUCUGCUGCAACAUCUUCCUGAAGAGAUUGGCACACUGGAGAACCUGGAGGAAUUGUACCUCAAUGACAACCCCAACCUGCACAGCCUCCCAUUUGAGCUGGCCUUGUGCAGCAAGCUGUCCAUCAUGAGCAUCGAGAACUGUCCCCUCAGCCACCUGCCGCCCCAGAUUGUGGCCGGGGGCCCCUCCUUCAUCAUCCAGUUCCUCAAGAUGCAGGGACCGUACCGUGCUAUGGUUUGAGGCCAGAGCCUGCCCCUCCGCUUGCUCUGCACCCUCACGCCUGCCUGCCCGCCCCAUUUUGUGUAUCAUACACUGUAAAGUAGUCGUUUCGCCCACGACCAGUGUCGGGGGGGCGAAGAAGAAGAAGAAGUGGUGGGCGGAAAAGAGACUCUUUCUCUCACAGUCUUAGGGCAGAUACGAGGAGAAACAAUGGAGACUCUGCAUUGCUCCACUUUAUUACGGUCAUUCUCGGACCCUGCAGUCCCCACUCAUCUUUUCAUUCCGAAUCGUACAGGAGGAAAAUAUUUCCAUCUCUUUGCCAAAACUGAAGAUAUAUGAAUUUAUAUAUAUUGAGUAACUGUGAGCUAAGUGGCAAGUCUUUUAAUCAUAAGCGUGCUCUCAUUGCCAAUGUAUUUACAGUAAUUACAAGCAUCUACUAUGUGAGCGAGGAUACAGCUAUAUGCAAAAACAAACAAAAGUCUUUGGAACUUCACAUUUACUGCUGCUGCCAUAAUUUAACGUGUCAUCUUUUUUUAUAUAUAUUUUAUUUUUUACAUCAUCCUUUCUCCCUGGAGAUAACUUGUGUUGAUUACUUCUCCACCAUAAUGAACAAAGGUCUAAUGAUGGCUUGUGUAUAAUUUUUUGUACUUUUUGGGGUUUUUUGUUUUCUUUUUGUUCUUUUUUUACAAUUUAUUUUUUUUCUAAACUGUGCCUAUGUUUAGAAUGAUCCAGUGGUUCAUUUCUAAACACUAUUGUCCAUGAGAAUACAAAGACAUAAAUUAUUAUUCUUUUUUUUUUUUAUUACUGCUGUUUUUAACUUUUGUGUUGCUGUUGGAUUUAACUGUUCCAGCGAUAUCAUCACUUAGGAAAUAGGGUGAUUGGUGGUGUGUUUUUUUUUUUU